AUGGAGGACGACGAGUUGCAAGCAAUCCGCGCCGCUCGAAUGGCCGAACUCAGAGGCAGUGGCGGUGCCAGUGGCGGCGGUGCCAGCUCUGGGGCUGCCUCUGCAGGCUUCGGUGGGCCGCAGGGCGUAUCUGGAGGAGCAGGAGCAGGAGGAAAGAGUCAAGAAGAUCAAGCAGCACAACAGGAGGAGAUGAAGCGCCAGAUGCUCAGCCGCAUCCUCGACGCUGAAGCGCGAGAACGCCUCUCGAGAAUCGGCCUGGUCAAGCCGCAAAAGGCAAGGCAGAUCACCGACCUGCUCAUCCGCAUGGCACAAUCUGGCCAGAUUCGCGGCAGGAUCACCGAAGACCAGCUCAUCGGGCUCUUGGAUCAGGUGGACCAAGCUUCUUCAGGAGACUCGGGUGCUGGAAAGAUCACUUUCACCAGGAAGAAGACGGUUCAGGACGACGAGGACAGUGACUUCGAUAUGUAG